UGCCGUUGUCAACAACAAACACGCGGUUCAAAUAAGCGCACAGUAACGUUUCGGAAAAGUUUGCUUAAUAAAAGGAAAGUAAAGCUGUACGCUACUUACGAUGGAUCCCGGAUUCUGUCCCGAUUGUGGUUCUAUCCUGCCGCCACUGAAAAACUCCAACAGAGUGUCCUGCUAUGGCUGCCAAAGCGAGUUCGAUGCUGCGGCAUUCGGCACGAUGGAAACAGAGUAUACGAUCCAUUUCAAUUCGUAUGCCAAUAAAAAAUCGGAUCAAGCCGACCGUGCCGAAGGAGAGGAAGCCGAAGGACCGAUUGUGAACCGACAGUGUCCCAAGUGUGGUAAUGAUCAGAUGUCGUACGCCACUUUACAGCUCCGAUCUGCGGACGAAGGUCAAACCGUAUUCUUCACCUGUACAAAGUGCAAGUACAAGAUGUCGGAAAAUUCAUAAAUAUAAACUGUACCAAAUGAAGCAAAAGUGGAAAACAAAAAAUGGUGUAAAUACGACUGCAAUGUAUUGUCGUGUGUAUGUUGUAUCCGAAUUGUGAUAGACAUUUUUCAAAUGAUAAGGUGCAGGAAAAUAUAAUUCCAUGUGUUUUUUUUUAAGUAUCGAUUAAAUCUCGCUACGUUCGCAGUUGAUUCA